AAAUGUCAAUUGACCACCAGCUCGGUUAUAGGGUUAUAUAAGCAAAUAUUUUCGUUACAGCAACACUCACGAACGAUCUUGCAGUUGCACUAUGCCUAACGAAAGAAGUUAUGGCAAAUGAAACACAAACACACAACAAAUCGCACGGACGAAAGGUUUGAUCUCCAUGUUCAGACUGUUUUUGCCAAUCCCAUCUACGUCGUUAAUGUUCCCUGACCAUUUGUUCAGAAAUACCCCAGAUCUAGGGAUUUUUUUCCCAGAUCUGAGCUGGCACAACAGUUUAUUGGUAGCACUGUGUGUGAACGAACGUCCACAAAUGUCCGGAAUCUGAUAGUUUCUUCGUUGAUGACCUCCUUUUGCAAGUGAUAGGCCAUGCCGCAGAAGUUCAAGUUCAGUUUGGCACAAGUGUAUGAUGUACUGAAGCACGUGAAUUCUACAGACUUGAGUCACUUGAGCGAGGGGGAAAUACCCUUCGGGACACUAAUUUACCUCAUCCUCUCCAUCGCCGUCCAUGGCAUCAUUGUCCCCCUAUUCAGGAUCGGGGCCGCCACUUUUAUAUCUGCUGCAUUCAAAGUCAUUUCAAUACUCGUUUUUGGUCCCGAAGAGAUGGAUCGCAUGGUUGGCACAGAAGGUUACAUCUAUUAUGGCUACAUCAUUCUCAAACAGUUCUGGGAAUAUGGUAAUCGAUUCAGGUUCCACUUCGACCCAAUGCGUGUCCUGAGAGUCCUCUUAGUCGGAUCAGAACCGAUAGAUAUAUCGGAAGAUUAAGCUCAAAAUCGUCUCUUAACCGGAUGUAGUAUCAUGGACUGCAAUAGAUUUCAAUUUAAGUGUUGUCUUGAUGUGGACGUCCCUCAUAGAAUCUCGGGAUAUUACAUUUAUCCAGAGACGCCAGUGAUAUCGCAGUUUAGUGGAUAUGUGGUAAAUAAUUCAACUCUAAAUAUAGAAACGCUUUGAUUUUGUUCAAUUAUGAGUUAUUGCCGGGUAGAAUUUUACACGCUGACGAGAAAAGACACUUACAUAUUUAAGUGGUUUGUAAGGUUAUAAAAUUAAAUGGAAUAUUAUUUACGUUUAAUAAAAAUACUCGAGUUGGAAAGUAUCGAAGAUUGUUGUGAUUUUUAAAGGAAAUUAUAGUGUAUGUUUUAAUUUUUUGUCCAUAGUGAUGAUUAAGACUUGGAAGAUCUCGGGUGUCAAAAAUUACCAGCAGACAAAAAAAAAAAACAAGAAAUGGGAGAGGAAUUAAAUGUAAAUAUGAGGUCAGAUUUCAAAUGCUACUUUUAACUCACAAGUCAGUAUCAUGAAUAUCAUUGUACGUAUACCAUCUCCACCAUAAACUUUCUGUGUAAGAGUUAUGCAUAAAUAAAUAAAAAGAAUAAAAUUUUCCAAGUUGUUUGCUGACAAGACUGUGAAACCCCCUCAAUAAAUUGUAUUCGAAGAGCAAUGACAAACUGAAUAUGUAUGAAAAUUUAAAACUAAGAGUUUUUAGGUUUUUUUAAACUGGUUAUUGAAUACUCAUAUCUGAAUGCCAAAUUUUAUGAUUGGUUUUUAUCAACACGGGGUCAAAAUGUUUAGAAUCUUUCAGCUAACAGUCUUGCGAAUAAGGGGAACUCAAAGGCAGUCUUUGACUUUAGAUGAAAGACGUGGUGGGCAUUUUUACCUCAUUUCAUACAUUUAGUCUUGUUUGAAAUUAACAGAUGAAACUGUUUUGUUACUCUGAAGAGAACACGUAAUUUUUGUUGCUCCAAAAUCCAUGUUUUAUAUAAGCCACAAUAAAACGUAAAACCUCA